GUCUACCUGGAUACACCGGUUUAAACUGUGAAAUAGAUGUAAAUGAGUGUGCGAUAGAUACAAGUCUCUGUUAUAAUGGAAGAUGUGUCAACUUGGAUGGAUCAUACACUUGUGUCUGCAAUGCUGGAUUCACAUUAUUCAAUGCAACUUUUUGCAAUGAACUCUCAAGCAGUCUGUUCAUUAGUCGAGUGAAUAUUCAGAUUACCGGACAAAGUCUGAAUAAUAAAACCCUGACGUAUACACCAGAAUUAACCAAUAGGUCAUCGGCAAUAUUCAUGGAAUAUGAAGUUGCAUUCUGUUUCAUUUUCAGUCAAUAUGUAAGGAGACAGUUAGAUUCUCAACUUGUCGGUGAUAAUUGCAUAGUGCUGUCAUUCAGCCGAGGUAGUGGAGUCUGUCACAUGCAAAUGGAGCUUGCCGCUACUAGCCAAAGUGUAGCAGAUGGGCUUGCUAUAAGUUUAUCUGUCUUAUCUACCAACAUUGAUCAAGCUUUAUCAGCUUAUGGUCAAACUCUGGUAGCGUCUACUAUAUCGGCAAAUGUUCAGUGCGAUCAAUCGAAUUGCCAGAACGGCGGGGAAUGUACAUUUUCUGGGCAGCCUUGUAGUUGCCAAGCUGGUUUUACAGGAGACCUGUGCCAGGAUGCCGCUCAAGGAUUGUCGAAUGGAGCCAUCAUUGGUAUUGCUGUCAGUGUAUUUGGUUUUGUUCUCAUCCUCUUAACCUGUGUCAGCUGCAUUCUCAUCAAAACUGUCAGACGAAACCAAGCGACAAAAUUAAUGCUUGCUGAAGAAAGGUAUAACGAUCCAAGUAGACGAGAUAGCGGCUUCUUCAGACACGAAUAUUUAUAUGAUUCUGAGGAGUACGAUUCCCUUGAAGGACGCCGGUAUCAUGUUGGUCUAGCAUUAGAUCGACUCCGAGGAACUGAUGCACAGCCACAAGAAGAACACAAUUUCAGCACUCCUUAUGUGGUGGAUGGGAGUGAAAGGAGAUCACCAGUGUAGACCGAAAUCAAUUCCACUAUUGAUCACUAUGAAGCUUACCUAUGGAAAAACAACGAAUAUGACAACGGAACUAAGAAGAUCAAAAUAUAUUGAUUUAGUUAUAUAUAAUAGUUGAAUGUACUUUUUAAUUGAACUGAUUUUGUAUAAAUAGAUUUGAAAAUGCAUAAGAUUUAUUUUAAAAAAACAUAACGUACACAGAAUGAUGUGAUCAUUAUAGGGUAAAUCCAAAGCGCUAAAACGAUACCAACAGUAACUUUGAAUCUUUCCUUUAUGAAUCCAAUUUUUUAGCCUCUGGCACUUGUACUUUUUUUGCCAGGCACCAAAGUAUGCCCCUUAAUAGUCUAAAAAUCAAAAUGUAUAUACUCAUACUGUAAGAUUAAUUAGGGGUUAUUUGCUUUCGACCGAUUGACUUAUUGAAUUGAUGUAAUCGUGCUAAGUCUCUGUUACAAACAAUUAUAUGUAUAGUAUAUUAAUUAAGGGCCUGCUUGCAUUUCCCGAUCGAAUGAUUGAAUUGAUGUAAUCGUGCUAAGUCUCUGUUACAAACAAUUAUAUGUAUAGUAUAUUAAUUAAGGGCCUGUUUGCAUUUCCCGAUCGAAUGAUUGAAUUGAUGUAAUCGUGCUAAGUCUCUGUUACAAACAAUUAUAUGUAUAGUAUAUUAAUUAAGCGCCUGCUUGCAUUUCCCAAUCGAAUGAUUGAAUUGAUGUAAUCAUGCUAAACUCUCAUCAGUCUAAAAAAGACUGUUUUCGGCAAGUCUCUGUUACAAACAUAAAACUAAGGAUAUAGAAAUUAAUGAUAUAGAAAUGUGAUUGUAUCAGGGGUUCUUUGUAAUCUAGGGAGCGUCUUAUAUCGUUUCUUUAUUGAUCAAGUAAGUUAUAUUCAUCUUACAAAAAUAAUGAAUGUGGUUACAUAUUUUUUUUCUCCCUAACUGUAAUCUAAAGAGCUGCUUUCUAUCACAUGCUUUUAAUGUGGACCAAUUAGACUUCCCAAAUUUUAAACUUUCUAGUGUUAUUUCAAAUGCUAAUUUGAGCAGGGAGAAUAACAAACCCCCCCCCCCUCUAUCUCUCUCUCUCUCUCUCUCUCACUCUCUCACACACACUCU